AUGUAUGACGCUAAGAUUGCCGUUGCAGCUUCCUGCAUAUGUUCUGGAAUAGCUAUUAUUUCAACUAUCUAUGUAACAUCAUUAUUAUUUAAUGAAAUUUCAAUAAUAAAAGAUGAAGUUGAUGAUGGUAUGCAAUUUUUCAAGAGUGAAACAGACUCUGUUUGGAAUGAUUUAAUGGAAUUACAACUUUCUGUUACACCACCAUCUAAACCAAGAGAAAAUCCAUUUAAUAGUAUCUUCCGUCAAAAACGUCAAAAUUACAGAGGACUUCCUUCAUUCUGUCAAUGUGAACCUAAGCGUCUUGCUUGCCCACCAGGAAGACCUGGACCACCUGGAAGACCAGGUGAAAAUGGUAAUCCAGGAAUGCGAGGACCACCAGGAGAAGAUUCACGUGUUACAUAUGCUCCAAUUUCAUGUCCUCAACCAUCUAGAGAUUGUAUAAAAUGCCCACCAGGUCAACAAGGAUUACCAGGUCCAAAUGGAGAAUCUGGACCACCAGGACCAGAUGGACAACCAGGUAUUCCAGGACCACCAGGAAAAACAGGAAUACCAGGAGCACCAGGACCUCAAGGAGAACCAGGAAGACCAGGAGAACCUGGUAUACCAGGAAAAGAAGGAGGACCAGGAUCUAAUGGAACAAGAGGAAGAGGAAAACCAGGUAUGCGUGGUCAAAAUGGACCUACAGGACCUCAAGGAAAUUCAGGAGCUGAUGGAAAACCUGGUAUGCCUGGACAACCAGGUCGUGAAGGACCACCAGGACAACCUGGAAAUUCAGGAAGUCCAGGAAGUGAUGGACAACCUGGAAGACCUGGUACACCUGGAUCACCUGGAGCAGAUGCUACAUAUUGUCCAUGUCCACCAAGAAGUGCAGCAUUUUUAUCAAGACAUUAA